UUCAUUUCAGCCUGCAGGAUAUAUUACUAUCAAAGAAGGGAUACCAUGCAUAUUUAGAAAUAAAAGGUGUCGUGAAUUGGAGACACCUACCUGGGGAUUUGUUGGAGCAGAUCAGAUGCUCAUCCUCCAUCUUGGUGGUGCUGAACUCGCUCUGUGCACACUAUUGACCGCCAUGGCCCAGGUGGCCAUUCAGGAGGAUGGAGAGAAAACCACAGCGCUCAAAGAUUUGCUGUCAAGAAUUGACUUAGAUGAACUCAUGAAGAAAGAUGAACCCCCUUUCACUUUCCCCAAAACACUGGAAGAGUUUGAAUACGCCUUCAAUGAGAACGGACAGCUUCGGCACAUAAAGACACGAGAACCUUUUAUCUUCAACGUAAGAGAAGAUCUCCACCGCUGGAACCAGAAACGUUAUGAAGCUCUCGGCGAGGUCAUUACACAGCAUGUUUAUGAGCUGCUGGAGACAAAGUGCAACAUGACUAAAGCAAUUUUACCACUCGACGCAACUAUGGAUGAGCCUUCUUCUUUCAUCUACCUGAGCCCCAACGCCUUGUCCAACCCUUCCAAGCUGCUGGUGCUGAUCCAGGGCAGCGGUGUGGUGCGGGCCGGUCAGUGGGCUCGAAGACUUAUCAUCAACCAGGACCUGGACUCAGGAACUCAGAUCCCCUUCAUCACCAGAGCCAUGGAGGAGGGCUACAGUGUGAUGGUACUCAACCCCAACGAGAACUUCCUGGAGGUGGAGAAACCACCCAAGUCCUCUCCGACCGAGCCGUCGGAGGAACCCGUUGAAAAGAAGGAACGUAGAGAUGACAGAGAGGGCAAGAAGAGGAAAGAAUUUUACGAGAAGUACCGCAACCCACAGAAGGAGACGGAGACGGAGCAGAUCCCUAUACGGGAAAACAGUUCCUCUGAGGAACACGUGUUGUACGUGUGGGAUCACUUUGUGUCCAAAGCUGCAGCCAAGAAUGUCUUCAUCGUGGCCCACAGCUAUGGAGGGUUGUCCUUUGUCGAACUGAUGAAUCACAGGGAAAAUGAAGUGAGGAACAAAGUGUGUGCGGUGGCUCUGACGGACUCGGCUCACAACCUCUGGCUGCAGGAGACAAGUAAAAGUACACAAGACUGGAUGCAGGAGCACUGUUGUAACUGGGUAUCAAGUCCAGAGCCCCUGGACACUCCUUUGGACUCCAUGCUGCCAGACUGCCCACGCGUCUCUGCAGGCACUGAAAGACAUGAGUUGACCUCCUGGAUGAGUUUCGACUCCAUCUUCAGGUUCUUCGGCGAGGUCCUGAAGGUGAAAGAGGACGAGGAGGAGAUGUCCACCAACAUCGUCAGCACACGCAGCAGCGCCCUCAAAAGCAAACAUCAGGAUUUGUAAACCACCCCCCCACCCCCCUUUAGGAGUCUUGGGUCAGCAUGUAAACGCCACAAUCACGUCAAGAUGGCUGCAAAAUGUGCGGACGUGAUUGUGCUGUGCUACCAACAGGGUGCCGAGCACAGUGCCUUGUGGUACACCUUUUCUGACUGUUAGCAUGGAAUUUUUAUUUUCACGUCCCAUACCUGUAUAUGCAUGACCAUACUUUUUUUUUAAAGAUCUCUUUCAACUUUAAAACUCAUUUACCGAGACACAUUUCGAACACCUAUGCAUUCCUCUCCUCUCCAUAUCUCGGACGAAUCAAACAAUGCGCUCGGAAUCUUUCCGGCGAGCGUAUUUGAAAUCACUUAAAAAUGGAGCAUCAAAUGGAUUUUAGUGAUAUUUUGUUAAAACAGGAGCCACAAGGCAGCUCAAUGGAUGACGCGCGUCAGGAAAUGCAAGAUCCGGAUAUUAUUCUAAGCCUGAAUGAUGUCGGAGAAAAGUACAUUUGUUCUUAGAUGUGACAACGCCGCGCUCAGCCACACGUAAUCUGACUGUGUGACACAAACACGAUAUAUAUAUAUAUUUUUUAAGUAUUUUAAACCAGUCAAGGCUUAACAGAAGACAUUUCACAAGUGUCUCGACGUUAGCCAUGGCUAAAUCUUACCAUACCUCCUUUUUAAAUGUGGACUUCCCUUAUUCUGAUCGUCGCUAUUGUUUAACUUUAACUGUGAAAUCCUCUUUCUCCCUCCAGUGUGUGUGUGUGUGUGUGUGUGUGUGUGUGUUCAUGCUUUUGAGGAUUAUCUCCAUGCUGUAAUGAGACAAGUGUGGCUGAUGGUUGCAAGGCCUAAUUUCCUUUUAAUUUGAUUCCCAUCUCUCCUGCUUUCAGUAAAAUAAAAUAAAAAGAUAAAUAAAUAAAAAACGAGUCUUGCAUAUUAUUUGAUUUGAUAUGAAUUUGCUUUCCAGAUACCGUUGCUCAUCUUUGUGGCUUUUCACGCAAAAUGUGCUCAUUUUUCCACCCUUUUAUCAUUUGUACAUUGUUGCCUUGAGGGAACAAACAAGGUUUUUUUGUUCUUUUGUUUUUUUUUUUAAAUAAACCAAUGAUGAAAAAAAGCAAAGCCUGAUGAUAAAUAAAAUGAUUUUUUUCAGCCAAUUUUCACAUGAACAUGUUUGUGUGUGCAGUGGGGGAAAAAAAAUACCUGCUUACACUUUCAUCAUUUAUGUAUUUUAUGAAACUUGGAAUAAAAGCUACUGUAAACUAUUUUUUUUAAAUGUAUCAUUGUUGUGUACUUUAUGACGAAGUUGAAGAAUAUAAACCAAUCAAAUGCAAAUAAACUGUUUUAUACAUCACGUUUUCUGUAGAUUGUAUAUUUAUAAAACUGAAGUUGUUAUGUUUGCAGCACAAGUCAAAUGUUUUUCUUUUGAACAUUUCUAACCAUUU